CUGUGGGAGGGUACCAAGCCCUGGCGCCGGAGGCCAAGCAGGACAGGGUGCGGGGAGCUGGAGCCAGCGCACCGGCUGCCCCAGCUCUCACGGCCGCGGGCGGUCCAGCCAGGUAGGAUGCUGCGGCUGCUGCUGCUGGGGCUCUGGGGGCCGCUCGGUGCCCUGACCCAGGGCACCCCGGAGGGCACCGCGCCGGCCGAGGACGUGGUAGAGUUGGAGUUUUACACCAAGCAGCCGCUCCGAAGCGUGAGUCCCUCGUUCCUGUCCAUCACCAUCGACGCCAGCCUGGCCACCGACCCGCGGUUCCUCACCUUCCUGGGCUCUCCAAGGCUCCGCGCUCUGGCCAGAGGCCUAUCUCCUGCAUACUUGAGAUUCGGCGGCACCAAGACUGACUUCCUUAUUUUUGAUCCUGACAAGGAACCAACCUCCGAAGAAAGCAGUUACUGGAAAUCUCAAGUCAACCAUGAUAUUUGCAGGUCUGAGCCGGUCUCUGCUGGCGUGUUGAGGAAACUCCAGGUGGAUUGGCCCUUCCAGGAGCUGUUGCUUCUCCGAGAGCAGUACCAAAGAGAGUUUAAGAACAGCACCUACUCAAGAAGCUCAGUGGACAUGCUCUACAGUUUUGCCAAGUGCUCCAGGUUAGACCUGAUCUUUGGUCUAAAUGCGUUACUGCGAACCCCAGACCUGCGGUGGAACAGCUCCAAUGCCCAACUUCUCCUCAACUACUGCUCCUCCAAGGGUUAUAACAUCUCCUGGGAACUGGGCAACGAGCCCAACAGUUUCUGGAAGAAAGCUCACAUUCUCGUCAAUGGGUCACAGUUAGGAGAGGACUUUGUGGAGUUGCAUAAACUUCUACAAAGGUCAGCUUUCCAAAAUGCAAAACUCUAUGGUCCUGACAUUGGUCAACCUCGAGGGAAGACAGUUAAGCUGCUGAGAAGUUUCCUGAAGGCUGGCGGAGAAGUGAUUGACUCUCUCACUUGGCAUCACUACUACUUGAAUGGACGUGUUGCUACCAAAGAAGAUUUUCUGAGCUCUGAUGUGCUGGACACUUUUAUUCUAUCUGUGCAAAAAAUUCUGAAGGUCACUAAGGAGAUGACACCUGGCAAGAAGGUCUGGCUGGGGGAGACGAGCUCUGCGUUCGGCGGCGGGGCGCCCUUGCUGUCCAACACCUUCGCAGCUGGCUUCAUGUGGCUGGAUAAACUGGGCCUAUCGGCCCAGAUGGGCAUAGAAGUCGUGAUGAGGCAGGUGUUCUUCGGAGCAGGCAACUACCACUUAGUGGAUGCAAACUUCGAGCCCUUACCUGAUUACUGGCUCUCUCUUCUGUUCAAGAAACUGGUUGGUCCCAAGGUGUUAAGGUCAAUAGUGAAAGGCCCAGACAGAGGCAAACUCCGAGCGUAUCUCCACUGCACUAACGCCUAUCACCCGAGGUAUCAGGAAGGAGAUCUAACUCUGUAUGUCUUGAACCUCCAUAACGUCACCAAGCACUUGAAGCUUCCGUCUCCGUUGUUCAGCAAGCCCGUGGAUAAGUACCUUCUGAAGCCUUCCGGGCCUGAUGGGUUACUUUCCAAAUCUGUCCAACUGAACGGUCAGACCCUGAAAAUGGUGGAUGAACAGACCCUGCCGGCUUUGACAGAAAAACCCCUCCCUGCGGGAAGCUCACUGAACAUGCCUGCCUUUUCCUAUGGUUUUUUUGUCAUAAGAAAUGCCAAAAUCGCUGCUUGUAUAUGACAAUAAAAGGCAUACUGUACCCCCUGAGACGAGAGCCGUCAGGGGCGUCAUUCACAAGAGUAAAGCAAAACCCUAUAGGGCUGGAGGAGGCUAGAGCCUUAGGAAGGAGGGCGGGGCGCGCUUCAGCGAUACAUCCGGUGUGGAGUUCUCUUAAGUAGACCAUUGCAGGUGGUGACAGUUAGUGGCACCAUGUGGCAAAUGACCUUAGCACUUCGCAUGCACUAUUUUGGGGGCUAUUAAAAAUGUAUAGGAAUGCCUCCAAUAUGACCAAGACGCUACUAAGUGAAGGACAUGUCCUGAUUUUUUUUAAAGGCUUUGUUUUUAUUUUAUUUUCAUUAUUUUGGUAAGAAGAUGGUCAAACAUGACUUUCAGGAGCCUCCCUGUGGCUCCAAUGGGGGAAAGACCCACGCCACACUGGCCGUGAAAAGACACCUGCUCACACUCAGGGAGGAACUAAAACAGAGAAACAGCCCCUGUGCCUCUUUUCUGUUCUUCAUGAGUCUGGGAAAGGACUGGUGGCUGGGUGAAGUAGUAUUAAACAAAGACAGACAAAAGACCAGUCACUGCUGAGCGGGAAGGGACACAUCCGGAAAUGACUGUAAAGGAGCGGGUUGGCUGGAUGGGAGCCAUUUCCAGAGACCCUGCUGUCAUCCUCCACCAUUAGUGUUUACUUUUUCUACACCAGAAGUUGUUGCCUUGCUUGGAAAGCUUCGGCCUGUGAGUAACAGAAGCCUCCAAAUGAAGACAUUUAUAACCCCACAUAAGGAGUUGUUGAAGUGAGGUAGGGCACGUCAGCAGGGGUCCAUCUUCUUUCUCCCUCUGUCCUGGUGUCUAUAGUGCUGACUCCCUUCUUGGCCUGGUCACAUGAUGGCUGCAACCGGUCUAUUGAUUCCUUAAGAUCUGACAGCAACCAGGGGAAGAAGAUAAGUUGUGUCUUCCCAGACCUGAAGAGCUCUUUCUUGGAGCAAAUCUUUCCUCAAGUCUCUUCAACUCUUACCAGCCAGGAACAGAUCUGUGGUCAUUUCUCGUCACAAUCCAUAGCAGUAAUACCUACAAGUGUCUUCAAGAAAUACUGCUUGGGGCAGAGAGGUUUGGUGGCGUCCACAGCACUGGGUGUUUGCUUUUGAUCUGUGCUUUUGAUUAAGUUACAAAAUGUAAUUCCCCCACUCCCAGGAUUUUAAUCCUCUUAAGGAUUACAAUUCUGUAUGUUUGUGCCUGCUAUGAAUAUUAUCUUGAUUGUUGUUAUCUAGUUUGUUGAUGAAGCUAGAACCUAAAGUUUGUAUCCUUCAAUACUCUCUCAAUUUUUAUGCAAGUUUUUAUAUCUUCACAUUUGAAAUAAACUAAUUUUAUAGCCUUAA